AUGAGUAACAGCGAGCUUCUCACCGUCGAUCCUCUGGACCUUCAAUUCCCUUUUGAAUUGAAGAAGCAGAUCUCUUGCUCUCUUUACUUGACGAACAAGACCGACAGUAAUGUCGCCUUCAAGGUUAAGACGACGAAUCCGAAAAAGUACUGCGUUAGGCCUAACACUGGAGUUGUUCUUCCAAGGUCCACCUGUGAAGUUCUUGGUCCGUUCUCUGAUUCUUUUUCUCUCGAGCUUGGAUUGUUGACCAUGCAAGCUCAGAAGGAAGCUCCUUCGGAUAUGCAGUGCAAGGACAAGUUUCUUCUUCAAGGUGUGAUUGCUAGUCCUGGUGUCACCGCCAAGGAAGUUACUCCUGAGAUGUUUAGCAAAGAGGCUGGGCAUCUUGUUGAGGAGACUAAACUGAGAGUUACUUAUGUUGCUCCACCUCAACCACCAUCACCGGUCCAUGAAGGUUCAGAAGAGGGUUCUUCACCAAGGGCCUCGGUUUCUGAUAACGGACAUGCUUCUGAAUUCUCUGUAAGUUUUAAGUUUCAGAGAUUUAGCGCGGACAAGGGUGAGCCUCAAGAAAACACAUCAGAGGCAAGGGCUCUUAUCACAAAGCUAACCGAGGAAAAACAGUCUGCCCUUCAACUGAACAACAAACUUCAAAGAGAACUGGAUCAAUUGAGGCGUGACAGCAAGAGAAGCCAGAGUGGUAUCCCGUUCAUGUACGUUCUUCUGGUCGGACUAAUCGGUCUAAUUUUGGGAUACAUUAUGAAGAGGACAUAA